AUGGAAGAUAUUCUCCAUAAGCAAUUUACUGCUCAGUUAUUUUUAUGUACGGAUAAGAAUGUUGUGGGAAAGAUUUCCUACUUUGGACGAUUUGAAAGAUUUUUGAAAAAUUUUUUACUUAAAUAUCAUAAGCAAUGGGUUUUUGGAUUCUUCGCGAGUGGGCCGUUAUGUGAAAAUCGUCAACCAAAUGUGUGCGAUGGUAAACCAUGUGGAGUGAAUGGUGAAUGCAAACUGACGAGAUCUGUCAACGAUUAUCGAUGCGAAUGCAGUCGAGGAUUUACCGAAUAUUGGUUCACAGUGUUGGACCAAAAAGGCCCUCAGGGCCCUCAAUGCCUUUUCAAACCAGGGCUUUAUGGUCCUAUAAUAGGGAGCCUAAAAGCAACAGUUGAUGGACGUCCUGGCAUGAACACAUCUUUUAUGUUCUUGCCAAGUCCUCAUGGAUUUUUGAAGAAAACUUUCAUUAUCGCUCAUUUUUGUCACAUUAGAAAUACAUGUGGCGAAUAUUUUGUUGAAAAGGGUCGAAUCCACAAAAAUUCGGCAAACUUAGUCUCAGUGACCAAAUGA